GUCUUCCCCUUGCAGACAACAACAUACCCCCCUGCUCAACGCUAGAAGUUGAAUUCAGAGGGCGCAAAUAUGGAAGGAAACUGCCAGAGAAAAACAUUCUUGCUGAGCUCAUGAGCGGGCCUAGGAAGGAUGAUGUGAAGGAUUUCACUGGUGUGACGUCGAAUUAUUACCCAGUUAGCUAAAAAAUAAUCGUUAAACUGGAUUGUGCUGGAGUCAGAAAGGACGGCUUGCCCCUGAUACACUGCUAGCAUUUGGGGUCUACUGAAGGGGAGGAAAAAAUGAGGUUCGCCCAGUUUUUGUUGAAAAACGGCUCGUUAGCUGGGAUACCGAAACAAGUGGAGAGGUUUUCCAAGUUUUCGCCUUCCCCGUUGUCAAUGAAGCAGUUUAUUGACUUCGGCUCUGCUAAUGCAUGUGAGAAGACGUCCUUUGUGUUCCUGCGACAGGAGCUUCCCGUUAGACUGGCCAACAUCAUGAAAGAAAUUGAUUACCUCCCUGACAAGCUUCUUGGCACUCCGUCUGUAAAGCUCCUGACAAGCUGGUAUUCACAGAGUCUGAUGGAGCUUGUUGACUUUUUAGAAAAAGAUCCGGACGAUAAGGAUGUCCUAAAAAACUUCACACAGACUCUAGUGAACAUCCGGAACCGGCACAACAACGUGGUGCCCACCAUGGCUCAGGGUGUGCUGGAGUUCAAGGAGGCGUUCGGCGUGGACCCCGUCACCAACCAGAACGUCCAGUACUUCCUGGACCGCUUCUACAUGAGCCGCAUCUCCACACGCAUGCUCAUGAACCAGCACACGUUAAUCUUCGACGGCAGCGUAAAUCCAGCCCAUCCCAAACAUAUCGGCAGCAUCGACCCCAGCUGUGAUGUGGUGGAGGUCGUAAAAGAUGCCUAUGAGACCUCCAAGAUGCUGUGUGAGCAGUAUUACCUCACCUCUCCUGACAUGGAGAUAAAGGAGGUAAACUCUAAAAGCCCGGGCCAGCCCAUCCACAUCGUAUACGUUCCUUCGCAUCUCUACCACAUGCUGUUUGAACUCUUCAAGAACGCCAUGAGAGCCACCGUAGAGACACACGAGACGAGCCCGUCGUUGCCCCCGAUUAAAGUCCGCGUCUCACUGGGCAUUGAGGACCUCACUAUCAAGAUGUCGGACAAAGGUGGCGGAGUCCCCCUGAGGAAGAUCGAACGUCUUUUCAGCUACAUGUACACCACGGCUCCCAGUCCCGUCCACGUGGACAUGUCUAGAAACGCUCCGCUGGCUGGUUUUGGUUAUGGUCUUCCCAUCUCUCGCCUUUAUGCCAAGUACUUCCAGGGAGACCUGCAGCUCUACUCCAUGGAGGGCUACGGCACUUCAGCUGUCAUAUAUUUAAAGGCCCUGUCCUCGGAGUCGGUGGAGAGACUUCCUGUUUUUAACAAGUCGGCCCUGCGGCACUACCAGAGCACCAUAGAGGCAGACGACUGGUGCAUGCCCAGCAAGGAGCCAAAGAAACUGGGCAAGUACGAGAGGACCCAGUGAUGGCGGACCCAGGAGGAAGCGGAAGAGAUUCUGGAACUGUUUGAAUGACAAGUGUAAAAACAAACAAAAGAAAGAAGGCAAAGUUGUGAGGAGACGAUGAAGCCCAUCACGUGACCGAACUCGGAUUUCUCUGACAGGAAAGCUUCAGGAGAAACUUUCUUUCAAGGAGAAAUGGUGAAACAUAAAAACACAUUUCAGACCAGCUUAACCUCACGAAACCUCAUACACACACACACACACCACUUGUAAGCCUGUUUGUGCUGCUAAUGGAAGAUGAUAGAGAAAAAAACAAAGCUAAGAGUUUAAUUAGUUUCAAGCCUCAGUUAGUAGAUACAAGCGCUAAACCUGCUUCUGUUGAGAAGUGGCUUCACACACAAACACUAAGGAACUUUAGGAGAGUUACGCACACAAGUAUUCCCACUGUAACUUUUACUGUCACAGUCACACGCGGUCAUCGCUCCAGAUUCCUCAUCCGCUGAUCUACCAGGUGUUUUUUUUUGUUGUUGUUUUUUUUACUUCAGUGUUGGUAGGAAAAAAA